ACUGCGGCUCGAAAGCAGAGCGGACUGACCCGCUUCAGAUCUAAAUCACUGCUAGCGCUCAUUGUGAGAUACAGCAACCACUUCUGUAGGCUUUCUGAAACUGCCUAGACCUUUGCAAAUGCAAGCAAUUAAAUGUGUGGUGGUCGGGGACGGGGCUGUGGGUAAGACCUGUUUGCUGAUCAGCUACACCACCAAUGCCUUCCCCGGAGAGUACAUACCCACUGUCUUUGACAACUACUCUGCCAAUGUGAUGGUCGAUGGGAAACCAGUGAAUCUGGGUCUAUGGGAUACAGCAGGACAGGAAGACUACGACAGACUCCGACCACUGUCCUAUCCACAGACGGAUGUGUUCUUGAUAUGCUUCUCCUUGGUCAGCCCGGCCUCCUUUGAGAACGUCCGAGCUAAGUGGUACCCAGAGGUGAGACACCACUGCCCCAACACCCCCAUCAUCCUGGUGGGCACCAAGCUGGAUCUGAGAGAUGACAAGGACACUAUGGAGAGGCUGAGGGACAAGAAGUUGUCCCCAAUCACCUACCCUCAGGGCCUGGCCAUGGCACGGGAGAUAGGUGCUGUGAAGUACCUGGAGUGCUCGGCCCUGACCCAGCGAGGGUUGAAGACGGUAUUUGACGAGGCCAUCCGUGCUGUGCUGUGCCCCCCACCCGUCAAGAAGAGGGGCAAGAGGUGCACAGUGUUCUGAGGGCUCUUAUUGUUCCAGGAUAAACCUCCAACAUAGUGGCCAUCGUCAUGACGAUACAUCUGGUACACUAAAACAUCACCAUAACAAUCACUACUUCUCUUCGGGACAAGUCCUAACUUGAAACACCACGUAACGGAAAUUUAACUGACGUUUGUGUAAAUAAUCGAUUCAUGUCAAUGGAAUAUUUGAUCUCAAGUUAGGAAUUGGCCCCAAGAGAAAUAAAUACWGGCAUUUUUUUUACAGUAGGAAAACAAUUUGAUCGGGUGUAAAGAUGUGUUGCCAUUUGUUUGUUUUACACAGAGGAAAGCACUCCUCUGUGGACAGUUAAGGUGUCUACUCUCACUCAUACAACCCUGCUCCCUCUCAGUCCUGUUAGCUUGAGUUGAUACAGGACUCAAAACAGUCUGUACUGUGAAUCUGUCGCUCUGGGUUGAAGUUGCCCUUAGGUACAGAUCUAGGAUCAGUGUUCCCACCUCAAGUCCCAAACUUGACCAUUACGGCGAAAAAACACAUGACCUUAGAUCAGUGAUUAGGGGCAAUUUCACCCUACUCUGAAGUGAAUAAUAUGACAAACAGACAAGAAUGACAAACAUGGGAGCUGUACAACCUGGCUACCUGAGGAAUGCCUCUGAUGGAGGUGCUUGUAUUGGUUUAAACGAUCUGUCUUAAUUUUCCAAUUAUUUGAAUCUACUCAUGCAUGUCACUGUAUGUGUGAGAGAGUCAAAUGUCACACAGUGUCACGUUUCUGGUACUAUUACUGUAUUGUAGUGGCUCUUUAAUUCCAAAAGAAAAGGAUAAUACUAACCAGGUUUCCAUCCAACCUUUUUAGUGGAAACACUUUCAUGUGCAAAUAUUGAUAUAUUAACUGUCAUGGAAUACCCGCACUGCAUCUGCAAACUGUUGUCUUGAGCGCACAUGCCCAUACCAGAGUGGGCACAUUUGCUAUUUAACAACAACAAAAAAUGUUUUUGAGUUGAAUGCAAUGGACUUGUAUUCGGAACAUGGGAAUUUAACCGCAAAAGUAAUUUUUAUGUGCCCAACGUCAUCACACAGACUUUUAUCUACAAGUCAAUUUGAUUGAAACAUAUCUCUGGUGGGAAACUGCACAUUUGUUGAAAGUGGAUUUUAGAAUUUGUGCAUAAAAAUCUGCAGCCAAUUGGAUGGAAACCUAACUAGUAACUCACUUUUAAUCUAGAGGUCUCAUAUCGCAAAACAAUGUAAUUAAUUAACGAGUGCGUUUCUGUGGUUGUUGUAGACCUGCAGUAUAACUGUUUCGUCCCCUCUGGUGGUGAGAUACUGGAAUGCAUUCUUCUCUGUCAUCAAAUAAAAUAAAAUUGUAUUUGGCACAUGCUCUGAA